CAUAAAGAAAGGGCAUUGUUCAGAGCGGAGCGGAGGAGAGGAGCCGUCCAAAACCAUCACCUCCGUCAGUUUCCAGCUGUCAGCUCGUCGCUUUCUUUGGGAUUAUCUUUAAUUACCUCCAUAAUCUCCGUUACAUCGCUGGUAAUUACAGGAGACGAAAAAGAUAAAAUUUUGUUGAGAUUAGGGUCUCCUCUUCUUUCCCUCUCCCCCCCUCUUUUUAAUCCGAAGACGUGUUGGGUUGUUCUUGCACCGAGGUGCUUGCUGGUUUUUGUCGGUGUUAUAUUGACCGGAGGAAGAAGAAUAAGACCGCGAGGAGGAGCAUGAACCGCUUCUCUGAGCUGUGAGGAUGGGAAUAUGAGAGCUUGAUUGAUGCGCGAGAUUACGAAUUACUUGCAUUGUCUUCGUUCCACUCCAAGCAUCGAAGUGCAUCUAGGGAUUUGAUUUCCGUGGGCGAAUUUGAAGGAAUAAGUUUAAAAUCCUUACAGCUUUUGUUUUUCGCUUUUCUCUGCAAUGUCGCCUUCAUUCGAUUGGUGGUCAAAGGAUAAGCACAGAGGGACGCCGGUGAUUGUGAAGAUGGAGAACCCUAACUGGUCGAUCUCGGAGAUCUCGUCGCCGGACGACGGCGAUGCCGACGAGUUUUCCGGUGUACGGAAGGGCGGUAGAGAAAAGAAUGCAAAGCAGAUUACUUGGGUGCUCCUCCUCAAAGCCCACCGAGCCGCCGGCUCCCUCACAUAUCUCGCCUCCGCCGCCUUUCACCUCGCCGCCGCCGUUCGCCGCCGCGUUUCCUCAGGACGCACGGACGCCGACGAGAGCCCGGCUCUUCGCCGCCGCUUCUACUCUUGCAUCAAAGUCUUCCUCUGGCUUUCAAUCUUCCUCCUUGCUUUCGAGAUCGCGGCUUAUCUCAAGGGAUGGCACAUCAGAGCUCCAGACCUCCCUAGCAUAUCGCUCCCCUCAUCAGUCGGCUUUCGUAGCCUCUUUGUUGCCAUUUACUCCGGCUGGGUUCGCUUCCGCGCUGAGUACAUCGCUCCUCCUUUACAGUUCCUCGCAAACGCAUGUGUCGUCCUCUUCCUCAUUCAGAGCGCCGACCGCUUUAUCCUCUGUCUUGGCUGCUUUUGGAUCCGCUUCAAGGGGAUCAAACCUGUUGCGAAUUCUGUAAGCAACGACGUGGAAAUGGGUGAUUAUUUCCCAAUGGUUCUGAUUCAGAUGCCCAUGUGCAAUGAGAGAGAGGUCUAUCAUCAAUCAAUUUCUGCUGUUUGCAAAUUGGACUGGCCGAGUUCUAACAUGCUCAUCCAGGUUUUGGAUGAUUCCAGUGAUCCCACAACGCAGACUCUUAUCAAGGAAGAGGUGGAGAAGUGGGCGGAAACUGGCGUUCCAAUUGUGUACCGUCACAGGGUUAUCAGAGAUGGUUACAAAGCUGGAAACAUGAAAUCUGCAAUGAACUGCAGCUAUGUUAAGGACUACGAAUUUGUAGCUAUCUUUGAUGCCGACUUCCAGCCCGCACCAGAUUUUUUGAAGAGAACCGUGCCCCAUUUCAAGGGUAAUGAUGAUUUGGCGUUAGUGCAAGCUAGAUGGUCAUUCGUGAACAAAGAUGAGAAUUUGCUAACCAGGCUUCAGAACAUCAAUCUUUGCUUCCACUUUGAGGUGGAGCAACAGGUGAACGGGAUAUUCAUCAACUUCUUUGGAUUCAAUGGGACUGCCGGAGUUUGGAGAAUUAAGGCUUUGGAGGAUGCUGGAGGGUGGUUGGAGAGGACAACAGUGGAGGACAUGGACAUUGCUGUUCGGGCUCAUCUCAAGGGCUGGAAGUUCAUUUUUUUGAAUGAUGUUGAGUGCCAGUGUGAAUUACCAGAGUCCUAUGAAGCUUACAGGAAGCAGCAGCACAGGUGGCAUUCCGGUCCAAUGCAAUUGUUCAGGCUUUGUUUGUCAGAUAUAAUCAGAUCGAAGAUUGCAGUCUGGAAGAAGGCAAACCUCAUCUUUCUAUUUUUCCUGCUCCGAAAGCUCAUAUUACCAUUCUAUUCAUUCACUCUCUUCUGCAUCAUCCUUCCCAUGACAAUGUUCGUCCCCGAAGCUGAGCUCCCCGCUUGGGUAGUCUGUUACAUCCCGGCAACAAUGUCCUUCCUCAACAUCCUCCCCGCUCCACGGUCAUUUCCGUUCAUCGUCCCCUACCUCUUGUUCGAGAACACAAUGUCUGUCACGAAGUUCAACGCCAUGAUCUCCGGCCUUUUUCAACUUGGGAGUGCCUACGAAUGGGUCGUUACGAAGAAAUCUGGUCGUUCUUCGGAAGGCGACUUGCUAUCUUUGAUUGAGAAAGAGCCCAAGCACCACCGCGGCAGCUCCGCUCCUGAUUUUACUUCCAUUACAAAAGAAGUUGUAAAGCAGUCAAAGAAAGAACAGAAGAAGAAGCAUAAUAGGAUCUACAGGAAGGAGCUCGCUCUCGCCUUUCUUCUCUUAACUGCUGCCGCCCGCAGCUUGCUGUCAGCCCAAGGCAUACACUUUUACUUUCUGCUGUUUCAAGGUAUCUCCUUUUUGGUGGUUGGUCUUGAUCUCAUUGGGGAGCAGAUCGAGUAAUACUCAGUAUAAGACGUGUUCUGUGAAUGAUUCAAGGAGAAGACUGAACAUUUUUUUGUUUUAUUUUGCCUUUAAGCUCAAGUGGAGAAAGGAACUAGUGUAGAUAGAGCUAUUCUCAGCCCUGUUAGAUGCUUCAGAUUCUUUCAGGUCUUCAUUCUUUUACCAAGAUGAAAGCUUUAUGUUAAGUUUUAUUUUAACUUAAAAAGAAUUCAACCAUUUCUUCCCUUAAGUGAAGAAAAUUUAAGUGUACCAGAAUGAAUAACAUAAUUAUGUUGCCUGCGUUAGAAAAACAGGAUUGUGUGAUGUCUUGGUGCAUCUGUGAAUCUCAAACGGAAUUCAUGGAUUAUGACUAUAUUUUCAGAAUGUUUGUAUGAGGUGAAUAUAAAUAACCAAUGUGUUUUCUCAUUGUGU